AUGAAACUUUCCACACUUUUUGUACCAGCAGCCUUCGCAGGAAAGUGCGAGAACUGGAAAAAUGACGCUGUCGCUGCCAAUCCACUCGAGAAUGGUUCUUGGAGCUGCGAGAAGCCGGGAAAGAAGCGAUUCGUUUGUAAGGCAAGCUGCAACGCCGGAAGCAUUGCUGGCUUCAAAAAGUGGAAGAUGGACGUGAGCUGCGCCGAUGGAUCAACUACAAUCAAGUCGAGAGCGGCGAAUGGCAUGACUCCUUCCCUCACUUGCUCAGCUUCCGACCAGUGCGAUGGACUCUCCGCUGCUAAUGGCGACUUGAUCCUCAAGCGAACAGGUUCCAUGCGAAAAUCCUUCCAGCUUAAAUGCAACGGAGCCAAAAAGAACGCUUCCAAAUCCCGGGUUAACUGCAAUCGAGCCACUGGAGACGUCUCCGCGCCAGGAAUUCCAGACUUCGCGACCCACUGCCAGAACGACGUCCUCCCAGAAAAAUACUACUGCGAUUUCAACUCCGGAACCGACGCUUCUUCUGGCUCUCUUGACGGCGCUGUCUACAUGGCUCAGACCGACAGCGGAGUUAACUUUUCAGGCUCCAUUUCCUCCGCUGAUGAGGUCUGGGAUGCUGGAUACCACGGAUUCCAUGUUCACGCUAACGCCUCUCCUCUCAACAAUGAAGCUGGCCAAUGCAAGGGUGCUGGUGGUCAUUUUGGCCUCGCUGGACAGAUCCACGGUGCUCCAACUGACUCCUAUCCCGAUCGACACGUUGGAGAUAUUGCCAACGUCUUCGCCACUGAAAACGGAGAUGGCACUCGAACUGCACCCGUCGAUGUUACUGACGCAAAGGUCUCGCUCAAUCCCGACAGCGUUCUCUUCAUUGGAGACAAGUCUAUCGUCGUUCACGCCAACAUCGACGAUCACAACCCAACCGACGACCCUAGCUCCACUGGAGCAGCUGGUAGCCGACCAGGUUGCUGCACUAUCAAGCCAGUUAGAUACACUUGCGAUUUCGUCGGCGCUGGAGCUGACUUGAGCGGACAGAUUACAUUUAAAUACGAGGGCGAUCAAGUUCGCGUCACUGGAACCAUCUCCGCCUCAUCGAACUUCGACGACGGCCUCCACGGAUUCCACGUUCACGCCAAUGCCGCCACCGCCAACUCUUGCAGCGACGCUGGAGGACAUUUCAAAUGGAGCGACGAUGAAAUCCACGGUGCUCCAGAAGACACCCCACCAAACCGACACGCCGGAGAUUUGGGCAACAUCAACGUCGUCGAUGGCGUCGCUGAGGUCAACAUCCUUGAUCACGUUGUUUCGCUCAUCCCCGGCGAGGACUACUUCAUCGGUGACCGAGCUAUCGUUGUUCACAAGUUCCACGACGAUGCCAACCCCACCGAUGAUCCUUCAUCCACUGGCGCUGCUGGAGCUCGACUUGGCUGCUGCAUCCUCAACCGUGCUUAA